UUGAGAGCAGGUUUUGAGCCUGGUAAAGAAAAUAUUGUUAAUCACUAUUAUUCGGAUUCAGACACUUAUAUACUUGUAGAUGCAGUUAGUGUGACGGCAAAAAUGACCAGAGAACAAGUGUGGGAGAUGUAUGGGGGAUUCCUCAUCGAAUAUACUAUGGAGAUUGGCUGGGACGAUUUAAUUCGCUCAAUGAGCCCCAAUCUAAAGGGAUUCCUUGACAACCUGGACUCGCUGCAUUAUUUCAUCGCAUCAUUGUCGUUAUACAAAGCAAAUUUACGUGGACCGUCGUUUCGCUGUGAAGACAAUCCUGAUGGCAGUAUUACCUUGCACUACUAUACUGGAAGGCCUGGGCUAUAUCCUAUCGUA